AAAGCUGCCAAAAUAUGCAAAAAGGAUUCGAAGAAAAAGUCCAAGUUCAACACAAAAAGAAGCCUGCGACAGGAAAAUUCUCGCCAAAUUACGUGAAAAACUCGUCGCACCGCUCCGAGAGCUGGUCCGUUCGUCGCCGGAAGUCGCACGGCGCACAGUAAACCCAGUUUCGUUGGGGUUCAUCGCCGGGAAGGUUUCGUUUUCGCCAAUUACGUGUUGGGGGUUUGGGGCAGGAAGAUCGAAAAAAAAAGUCACAAAAUUUCCCGUUGCUCAGCACUACUCAUACUCUCCUCGCCAAAAAAAAAAACGAAAAGAAAAGCAAAAGUUUGGCGAGUGAAAUUGGCGACGACGUCUCGAAGUUGCGAGGAAUUAAUUUGGUUUGUUUGAAAAAAAGUCGCUUAGUUUUAAGCCAUGGCAAAGGACAACAACAACAUCAACCUGACGGAUGAACUGGCCAGCGGAGCUGGCGGUGGCGCAGGUUCGUCAUCGUCGGCCGAGGCACUUAAGCAGCACAACAGCAGGCUGGUCAGCGGGGAUCAGCAGCCGGAUUUGAACGGGAGGAUUAACGGUCAGGGAGGAGGACACUCUGCGGCGGUUGAAGGAACCAGCGAGUCCUCACAGCAGAGGGAGUCGGACGGGGUGGGAGCGAUUCACGAGCUGCCCCGUCGGGAGGAGAAUCCGUUUUCCUUCAAGCACUUUCUGAAGCGCGAUUCCUCGCUCGGAGCCGGAGCUUCAUCCUCAAAUGCCGCAGCAGCUAACAUAAACCACAGCCGGAGUGCGUCCAGCAUAAACGGGGGCAACGGAGUGGCCACCGUAACGACCUGCACCGCCACAAUUUCGUCAUCCCAGCCGUCGACGAGUGGCGCCUCGCCGUCCAAAUCGGCCACGACCAGUUCGCUGCACAACAGCACGAGCACGACCGGGGCCAAACCGAAAAUUCCGCAGUUCCAGUCGGUCAACACGCUCAGCAGCGAGUCCAAGAUGAAGCGUUCGCCCCGGUUUCCGUCCUUUGAUUCGCAGUCCAGCCUGUCGGACUUGGCCGACGACAAGUUCAUGGCGGCGAACAUCUACCACAGCCGGAGCAACAACUCGUCAUUUAGCUCGGAUUACCCGCUGGGCGGGGCCGGGUCUGGAGUUGGCGCGGGAAGCGGCGUAGGGGGCGGUUCACAGCAGUACGUGCAGCGGUCUUACUCAAACUACGACAUGGAGAGUCCGGGGUCGGCCGAGUCCCCGCGACUCGUCGGCUCGCAGAAUCUACACAACUCGCCAAACUACGGCGGAGGUGGCCGGAGUCGGGAAAAUCUCGCCGCGGGUCAUCGCCUUGGUGCGUCUGAGUUUUCCGCGGCGUUGCCCGACUUCGUCCAAGACCACCUGGUCAUGGAGCAGUGGUACAAUCAGAUGGGUUCCCCGAAAAGUGGCUCCCCAGUUUCGGUAGACUUUGACCAUCUGCCAGACUUUGCCGUCAACAAUCUAGAACCGGACGCGACUUCCCGCGGCCACGGCCCCAUCAUCAACGACAUGCCGUUCGACCUGACGGCGGCCGUCGCCGGCCCCAGCAGCUCCUCGUCCGCCUCACACCGGACAAACCGGACUCCACUGCGCAACACCUCACCGACCGUCCCCCAAAGACGUCCCACGCCGCCGUCGGCGGCCGCCGCUCCCGAUCUCCCACCAGAUCUGACCGGCACCGGUAGCUACUUCCGCGACGCCCACUCGCCACCCCCGAGCGGUUCCGCCGCCGACAAAAUCCACCGCCUGCCGGACUUUCUCUCGGACGGGCCCAUCCACUCGAGCGGACGGCUGGCGGACGUGACGCAGCACGACACGCCGCCCCACUUUAACUCGCCGGACGCGGACGCCAGGGCCGAGAACGAUCGCCUGAGGCGGGACCUGGACGACAGUCGGCGCGUCGUGGCCGAGCAGGCGCGCCGGAUAGCCGAGCUGGAGCGGGCGCUGGAGGUGGCCAAAAGUAGCGCCCACCGGGUGGAGGGGUUCGAGGAGAAUCUGGACAAGAGCUAUCUGAGAGCAGCAACUGCGGAAUCUCAAGUGCUAAAUCUGAGGCAGAAAAUGAAGAAGCUGACCAGCGACAUGGAGGCGUUACGGCUGGAGAACGAAAUGCUGAAGGAGGAAGGUGCCGUGGGCGGUGCCUCGGGUGGUGACAAUGCCGGCGCAUGUGGCGGUGGUCCUGGCCCGUCCGGAAUUCGCACUUCCGGCGGGAUGGGGGGCCCUUCGCGACGUGGUCACUCUUCGUUUUCGCGCGCCCAGGAACUCUCGCGGGAACUGCGCCAGGCGGCGGCCUCGGCGGAGAAUAAUUUGCGGCAACUGCUAACCGGCGUCGACAAUCUGCGCAUGAUGGCCAGCACGAUCGAGAACAUUGACCGCAUCGACAUCACGACCCAUCCGGAGGAUUUCCUGUCGGAUAGCGACGACGACGAUCUGCUGGGGCCGGCUCUUUAAGCUCGCUCGAAUUGUUUCUUAGGGUUUUGCAUGUGAUUUUGUGUCUUUUUUUUUCUUAGAGGCCACUCCGACGGAACAGCGAGAGUCGGCCAGUCGGCGCGCCCUUUAACCCAAUCCGUAACGACCAUAAAAAUUGAUUCAUAAAAUAAUGACUUAUCCUGUGAUGUAUGUUUUGUUUUUUAGUUUAGUUAUUUUUUUUACGAUACGAUUGGCCACGCGCAAGCUAAAUUAUAUAUAAAAAAAGAAAGCUUGACCCUUCCCCUUCUUAAAACCACUAAAAAUUCUUCCAAAUUGGUAAAAUUUUGGAACAUUGAGUCACGAAAUGAAGAAAAAUCAAAUAAAAUUGUUUAACUUUAGGAAGAACCACGCAAAAACGCCAAUAAAAAUUUCCGCAAUAUAAUUGUGAGCCACAUUUUUUCGUUCAUCAUAACGCAAACGCAAACGUAGAGAAAUAGAAAAGGAAACACUAUUGAAAAUAACAAAAAAAAAAUGUAAUCGCAACAGCAGCAGCAUGAACAAUUCGCACGCACAGCCAGCAACACCCAAAAUUCGUAAUACAUAUUAGCGCAAGCAGCUUCACCAGAUGUCUUUCCAUAUUGAGGACGAGCUCUCUCACUCUUUUUUCCUUACAUUUUUGCGUGAAAUAGAGCAGCAGCAGCAGCAGCAGCACUUUGGUAGUGAAAAGACUGACCGACUGAGAAAUAGAAGAAUAAAAAACAGUAAAAAUUACCUAACAAAAUUCAAAUCACAAAUUGACUACAUUUUCACAAAACUUGAAGUUUUCUUUUGCAAUAAAAAAAAGUUUCGGAAAACACCUUUUUCAAACAUGCUAGCCGCUAAAACAGAACCACAUUCACGAAAAAGAAAGAAAGAAAAAAAAUGCUAAAUGGCCUGGAAAUGUAAAAUAAAGUAAAACAAAUCGCACCACAUUCACGCGCACUUUACAUGCAUAAUGUAUAUCAAACAAAAGGAAACAAACAGAAAAAAACUCAUUAAAAAAAACAAACAAACAAACUACAUAGCUAUAUAUUGUAAAUUAUGAAUGCCUACUCGUUGUUUAGGUUUUAUGCAGGAAAAGAGUAUGUAAAAAAGGAAUAAAAACAAACAGCAAAGCUACUAAUAAUAAACAAUAUCUUUGUCGAAACAG